AUGCCCCUGCAUUUCGGAUUGUGGCCAUUGCUGAUGAGUUGCCUGGGUGUCUUCGCAGUCAACCCAACAGCUAGCGGAAAUAUCAGCAAAGACUCUCCACGGAUUGGAAGUUCAACGCCUCUCGAUGAAAGGAGUGUGGAGCUUCAAAAGUACCAAGAUUUUAAAAGGGGCCUUCUAUACGGCAGCCUUGUAUUGGUUCAGUCCUCCAUGAAAAUUGACUCUUUCCGAUUGUGCAUGAUGACGUACAAACCAAACACAAACUUAACAGAUGAAGGGCAGAUUGAUCUUCUCACAUCGUCAAGAAAUUCAACUUACAGAGAGAUGGUUCAAGGGUUCUAUACCGAAACCGCCAUACGUCACAAUAGGACGUAUAGAGCGAUAUCCUGGCUCUUUCGCGGCCAAUAUUAUAAAUCCAGAGUUAUUUUCACGGACUACAAACACUGUAUCAUACUCAGGACUCGAACAUACAACAACCUGUGCGAGCUCUUCACUGCUGGUCGUCAUGACUCCAACCGCGUAAACAGCUGGUGUUUUUUCAUCUACACGGUAUUUUGCGGGGAACCGGCAGUCACUUUCAACAGCUUGUACGAAUGUUGGCCGAGAGAGGUGGAGAAACACAUAUCAAUCCGAAAGACAACAAUCAGGAAGACAUCGGUCCGGAAGACAUAA